AUGAAGCGCAUAUGGGCUCAGCAUCGGCUCAAGGGCAAUGCCGAUAUUACGCCCUUCCAACAGCAGCGCGAAGGGGACGAUACUCAGCCACUUCCUCCUUCUUCGCAAGCGCACCACGAUCCACGCACCUCCUCCCCUUACCCGUCCUACGGGGUAGAAGAGGCUCACCACCUCGAGACGACGACUUCUUCCCUCUCGUCACUACGUAGCCAUCGCACCUCAGUCUCGGAGAGUGGCGGCAGCACCAGCAUCAGCACCAACAGGAAAGGCUCCUCGCCCGCUGAGCAGCAGAGACGAGGGGCGAGUCCGAUUGGAAGGCUUGCUAAGCAAUUUGCCUCGGCCUCGCCGUCGAGAAGAGUGAGCGACAAUGGGAGUCAGAUGGAGGACUUGCGCCCGCGACAUUACCAUACGGAUAGCGGAGAUAGCCAAUAUCGCGUUGGGGAACAGCAGUCCCACGCCUCACGAGACUCGUUGCAUCGAUGGUCUAAUCAGCCACACGAUAACACCCACGCCAGCCGGCCAGUAAUUCAUCUCAAUGCGCCACCUGCCCCUACGAUCGACAUAGAUGGCGGACCCAUCUCCCCCGAAAGCGCGUACGAGAGCUACGGCCAUUUCCAGCCGUAUCAUGAGCAGCCGUACUACGUGGCAGAACAGCCAAAGUCGAUGGCAGCAGGCAGGGACAAGAAGAGCCUCUGGUCAGGCUUGGCGGGGAGGAUAGCGGCCAGCAAGGAAGGAAGAGGGAGAGGCGGAGGGGCAGCAAGCGAACAGUCUGCAGCUGCAUUCGUACCCGCACCUGAUGGCCUGCAGGCCUUGAGCGGCGUAACAACAAGUCAGGCCUCUUCACCAGGAGGACCAGGAGCAGAUCCAGACGCUGCUCCAGCUCUAGAGGGUAGGAAGCCAGCAAGCAGCGGUUGGUUCAGAAGCAACGAUAGGGAUAGGGACAGGGACAGGGACAAGGGCAAGAUCAAUCAAGCCGCCUUGGAGCAGGAGGUCUCCUCUCGCAUCGGGCAGCUAUGCUCUCUCCCUCCUUCUUCGCACGACAGCGCCCUCCUUCACGCCCUCAUUUCCCUGAUCUCCCCCUCGGAUAAGGCAAGCAAGGAAGCGGCGCGCUCUCUCCGCAAAGAGUUUAAGUGGGGCCAACCCCCUGGGCAACUACGAGCCGUGCGCGUCUGGGGGGUCUUGAUGCUCCACUCCUCCGAUGCUUUCAAACGCCAUGUUGCUUCGAAGCGCUUUCUGGACGUGUUAGAGGGGCUCAUACAGGAUCCCAAGACGAGCCUGCUCGUCAAGGGGAGACUGCUGAGCGUGUGGGCCAUGCUGGCUCACGAGUACAGGGGAGGACGUGUACUGGAGGAGGUGACAAAGGCGUAUAAUAGGGUGAGGCCGAAGGACUGGCCCAAGGAUGGAAUGCCGCUUGACCUGUGGUGUGAAGAUUUGACGUUGCUCGAGGAGCAGGGCGCGAGGCCACUGAUGGACGGGGAUGGGGAGGAAGAGGGGGGAUACUACGGGGCGACGCCUCUUGAAGCGAAUGGACAGUUGGCCGAUAUACGCAUGUCGCAGCAGCAGCAGCGGGUCGCGUCACACUCGCACGAUGCGCAGGCUAUGUACCGUCCUUCGGGCCCUGAUCUACAGGCUCGAGGGGAGCACCAGCAGCGCAAUGGCAUCAACAACGGCGGCUAUCACUCCACUACUCAGACUCAAACAUACCCGAACCCAUACGAGCGCACUUCACAAGCUCAGCAGGUAGCACCAACGCCAGCGCCCUUCAACGGAGACGAUAUGAUCGCCUCGCUUCAUCGUCUCGCCCUCUCUUCGCCAUCGGGUCAGGGAAACCCUUACCCUCAGCAUCAGCAACAGCAACAGCAACAGCAUCGCGACGCCGCCGUGGACGCAGAGCUAGCCAGGGCGAUCGAGCGGAGCAAGCUCGACCAUCGACACGAAUAUGACUACGAUCAGUCACCGCAGCCGCCGCCGCCGCCUAUCCCUCCGCGUCCCUCUGGCCUGACUGGCACGGCAACAGGAAUGGCUCCCUCAGCCUCGCCCUCGCCCUCGCAUUUGAAGAAGUUGGAAACACGUCCACCACCUCCCCUCCCUGCUGCUGCCCUCACGUCCACUCACCACCACCAAGCAGCGCACAAUGCAGCAAGAGAAGGGCGGGGCGUCGAGCGCUCCUUUUUCCCCGCGCAAGGAUCCUCGUCCUCAUUGCCCGAAGAGAGGCGCCGCAGCAGGAGCAGCGAUAGCGAGAGCUCGCACGUUUUCACACCUACUCAGCCGAGUGAGAAGGCGCUGGGGAAACGGAGGGCGGUCAGUCGGCAGGGGAGCUUGGAGAUGGGCGGCGCGGAAGGUGGGCCAGCAGGGAGUGGUGGCUUCCUUUGA